AAAGGAUCACUCAUCCAUUACUGUCUAGAAUUAAGAUUUUUAAUCCGUAAGCUUAAAAUUAGAGGACAAUUAACUGCUCAUUCACUGCACACUCGGUCAGCAUGGGGGUGCUGGAAGAGCUCGGUAAUAAUUGUGCAGACCAAUAAGCAUACGGAGAUGUUUUAAUCCUGUCUCCCUCCCUAAAGUGUUCUGGAGCCUAUCAUUUGAAUUAGCCGAGUCAGGCAGGGAGGGGGCGGGGAGUCCUUCCGCCCUUCUUAGGAGGGGCUGCAUUGCAGGGGGAGACAGAGCAGAUAGACUCAGUCACUGAGGAGGGAGAGGGAGUGAGAAGACAAAGCCGUCAAAGCCCCAACAGCUUUCCUUUUCUCCAGCCCAGAGCAGACACCGGAGCCCCCGAGGUACUCCCUCCAUCUUUGGAACACGCUAGUAAUUCAUUGAUAACAGCUCCAAAGAAAGAAGCCACUUGAGGUAGCAAGGUGGGGGCCUCUGUGUUGGAGAACUGCCUGAUCCCAUAUUGAAAUCAGUACAGCCCACAAGAGCUAGGAAGUUAUGAGAGACCCUGUGAGUAGCCAGUACAGCUCCUUUCUUUUCUGGAGAAUGCCUAUUCCAGAACUGGAUCUGUCGGAGCUGGAAGGCCUGGGUCUAUCAGAUACAUCCACCUACAAGAUCAAGGACAGCAGCGUUGGCAAAAUGACCGGGCAAGCGACUGAAGCAGAGCAGGAGAAAAACCCUGAAGGCGAUGCCCUCCUUGAGUACAGCACCUUCAACUUCUGGAGAGCUCCCAUUGCCAGCAUCCACUCCUUCGAAUUGGACUUGCUCUAAGCCCAAGACUUCUCUCUCCCACAACCUUGCCCUCAUUGUCUUCUCUUUCAAGCCCCUUCCUUUCCACCCUUCUCCCCUUUUAAUCUUGCUCUCUCCCCUCUAUUGUAUUGAGGUGGUGCUGAUGAAUCUGCCAGAGUUGUGUUGUGUUACUUAUUUAUUUAUUUAUUUAUUUAUCUAUUUAUCCAUUUUUCUUUCUUUCUUACCAGUUUCUCUCAAAAGCCCUCAAGCCACAAAGUAGAGGGUUCAACCAAUGGAGUAUUGGGUCACAGGGAUUCCUCCUUUUCCCCCCAGAUAUUAAUUUCAGAAAACAGUCUUGAUGGGGGCACUACAGAGUAGUAUAGUAGUGUAGUAGUGCAAAAUGGAGGACUGAUUUUUCACUUCCUUUUAAUCUGCUUCAGAGAUUGUUCAAACCUUCCUAAUUUCCUGCUUCAGGCCAGUAAACACAAAUAUUUCUUCAAGGGUUGGUGAAAACCUGUUUUAAUUUGAGAUUAUCUUCUACAAGACAGGAUUUCUAAAAGGCGAAGGUGAUAAGUAAGAAUCUUGCUUUUUUGAUCUUGCUCCUUCUUGUAACACUCUUUUCUCAGAGAAAUUGGGAGUAGUUAAAGGUAUAAAACAAGAGGAAAUAAUACAUCAUGGAAAAUGAAAACAGGGGAAAGCACUGAAGCAUUUUAGUAACAGCUACGCUCUUUCAAAAGGGUAUUGCUUCUUCAAGCCUACUCACUUUAUAACUUUGCUCCUGUGGGUUGAAAACUCUAGCUGAGGAAAAUCAUUCCGAUUUCAAAUCUUAAGAUGUAAUCUUGCUGACUGUUAUGAUAACUUCUAAGGUUUUGAUUCCAUUUCUAAAAGGAAAGCGUUUGGUUCCUAGUAUUUUAGUCUUGUCCUCCUACAUUCGCAGUGUAUAAUUCUGAUCAACGGGCCUCCGGCAGUUCUUCAGCCACCUUGAGACCAUGAAAUGAACAAUCACAUUCUGACCCUGCAACUUGUCCCCACUCCUUCCCAAAAUUAUUGCUGCUGAUUUGUGCUGCCAUUUACUCAUUUCUUUAAUAAAGACAUUCAAUCCCAA